GAUCGAUCAAUACACCGAUCACUAGGCAGGUGCUACAAAUUAUCUGCGGCAACUUGGAAGUACUGGUUAUUCAUGUCGGAUGCAGGGCUGAGACACAUUGUCGUGCUCAUUUCGGGCUCAGGUACAAAUUUGCAGGCCCUCAUAGAUGCUCAGUGUGCGCCCGCACUCCCCAACACGCGCAUUAGUCUCGUUCUGUCGAAUCGCAAGGCAGCCUACGGCCUGACUCGCGCUGCGCAAGCGAAUCCUCCUAUUCGCACCGCGUAUCUUUCACUGCAGCCAUUCGUCAAAGCAAACCCCGGAAAGACGCGCGAUGACUACGAUGUCGAGGUUGCCCGGAUCGUGAUCAGGGAAAAGCCCGAUCUGGUCGUUCUCGCGGGCUGGAUGCACAUAAUGGGCGACGGCUUCUUGGAGGUCGUCAACGGUGAGCGGCUUCUAAAGGGUGAGGAGAAAGUGGAGAAGCCCAUCCCGGUGAUAAAUCUCCAUCCCGCGCUGCCAGGGGCAUUCGACGGUGCGAAUGCGAUCGAACGGGCAUAUGAGGCAUUCCAAAAAGGCGAGAUCGCGCAUUCUGGCGUCAUGGUUCACAGGGUCGUGAAGGAGGUGGACUGUGGACCUCCAGUGAUGGUGAGAGAGGUUGAGAUAAAGCCCGGGGAAUCCCUGGAGGCUUUCGAAGAGCGGCUGCAUAAAACGGAGUGGGAGGUUAUCGUGCAAGCUACGAAGCAGGUCUUGGACGAGGUUGCUCCUUUACCCUCAGCGUAACAUGUAAUGUUGACGCCUGGACUUCGCGAGACGUGAGUCUCAAGUAAAC